UCCAUUUCAUCGAAGCAUCUACAAAGAGGAGACAUCCUUCAAUACUGAAAAGUAAAUACAAGCCUGCACGUGGCCAAAAAGGGGAUGUACCAUCUGUUGCCUUGCAGCCUCUCCCUCCUCAGCCGUGUAACAAUUCAGUGUCUGGUUGAAGCUAAGGUCCCCCAGAAAGCCUGUGGGAAGCAUUAGGCAUGUCUGCAGGACAGUGUAUCCUUUAUUGCACCCCCCAGAGUUGCUUUUCACUCCUGCUGUGAAUUUCUGUCUCACCGUGUUGUUUUUUCUACUUUAAAAGAACCUGAAUAGCUUGAUGGGAGAACAGCUGAGUUUUUGUGUACCCAGAGCAGAGCAUACAGAGAGCUUUGAAUCCAAAUUAUCAUGAAGCCAGUGGUUUAAUUGUCAGCCCCGCAGCAGUGGAAAGAAUUUUUCCUAGUUACAUAGAUCAAUAUACACUGUACUGUUCAGUACUUACCACAGAACAUGCUUACUACUGAAACAUGGCUAGCAUGUUCCUUCUCAAAGCAGACAUGGUCUCCAGGUCAUACAGGGAUUGGGAAUUAAAGACGGGAAAUGCUGGAGGGUAUGCUACAAGUAUGAAAGGGAUACAGGCUCCCUCUAAUCACUUAUAUUCAGAGACUUUUACUUGUUGGUCACAAGGUUUGAAUUAUGAAUUCAGUGCUUUUGGCAAGGAGAGAUGAUUGAGGGUUGGCAAAGGAAAAGAGGGGAGAGAUGAUGAACCAAAACUUCACUUCCAUCUUCCCACACAUGAGGAAAUUCUGUGGCUAGGGCUGGGAGACCCAAGGAACACUGGUGAAGAUCUUCAGUGGGAAAGAUGUGAACUAGAUGAGAAAUGACUGUUUGGCUUUUGCAAGAGGAUAACAGGGUAGAAAUGACCUUGACAGAUGUGAAAGUGAAAUAGUGGCAUCUGAGAUUUAAUUUGGCCUUGGAAUAUUGCAUGGAAUCUGGAGAUAAACUUGCUCAAUACAGUUUUGUAUUGACUGUUUUGUAACAACUUUCCAAACAGAAACAACACUUCACUGACACAAAUAUUGUAUAGAAUAGCAUUGUUUUCAGCAAACUCCCAUGACAUUCUCCUGACCAGGGAUCACAACCCUCCUCAGUCUCUCGGACCAUCCAAGCCUAAGACUGUCUCAAAGCUGAACAUUUGGGAUUUUCAAGGCACGUUACCCAGACAGAGUCCUUCAGGACUGGGGAACUGAGGAGUUUACCAGCUCUGGAAUUCCUGCAGAAGACAUCUCUCCACUUGUGAAAGCUGUGGGUUUUCCACUCCGCUUCUGUAAAUCCCUGAAGUCUCAACCUCAUUGUGACUUCCACUAUUUGUGCAUUCCCAGAUCUCCUGUUGCCCACUAAGACUGAGUGGGAACUGUGAUUCCAGGCUGUUGUGCUGCUUAGAAUACUGUGAACAGUUAGCUAUAGCUUAAAAAGGCACUUUUUAAUUCCAGCCUUCCUUGCUCCUUAAGUUUUUCCUUACAAAAACAUUUUGUUACCUUUUUUGUAUUUGUUAAGAAGAAUUUUUCAGAGUAAAAAUGCCAUAAUUGUAGAAUCAUAGAAUCACAGAAUGGCCUGGGUUGGAAGGGACCUCAAGGAUCAUCAAGCUCCAAACCCCCGGCACAGGCAGGGCCACCAACCUCUGUAUCUAAUAUUAGAUCAUGCUGGCCAGGGCCCCAUCCAACCUGGCUUCGAACAUCCCCAGGGACAGGGCAUCCAUAAUCUCUCUGGGCAGCCUGUGCCAGCACAUACAUAUUUUAGCCAAACCAUGGUUACUGAAUGUACCAAGUGAGGUUUCAAGGGGAAUUACUGAGCACCAAAGGGUGUUUUCUUGUCAUCUUUUUUUAAAAAAUUUUUUGCAUUUUACUUAGCUGAAGUAUUCCAGAGAACUUAAACCAAUAGUUAUUGCUUGCAGAAUUCGUGAGUCCUCAAGUAGACUACAUAAACAUCUUUGUGCUUGUUUAACUUUGAGACCAAUCAAUAUUCAUGAAAUCAGAAGUUGAAAAUGAGUGGUUUUUUCUGCUGCUAGUAUUUAUUGCUACCAGUUAUUCAGGGUUAUAUAAAAUAUAAACUGAAUGACUGAACUGACCAUUUGAAAUAUUAUCGUACUAUCCUCCUCCCUGUGCCUCAGUGCCAAGGAGCAUUUAAGAUCCUAUGCAGUCUGUUUAAUACUUUCUAAGAUACUGGAAGAGCAUUCAUCUACUAGUAGCUCAUUAGUCAGAAGUGCUUGGAAAAUAAGCAGCUCCUUUGGAUCUGGCACCCAGAUCCUUCACACAAGAAAACACCUUCAUUCAACAGAAGGUCUGCACUGUGCAGAGGACAAUUUCUGUCAAAGUGCUCCUCAGUCAGGGGAGCUUCAGUGGGCACAGGUCAGUCACUUAGUUAUCUCUUGAGAUGUGAUAUGGUUGGAUUUGAGGAUGUCAUCAGUCACCUUUCCUUCUUUCAUUAAAGGGAUUCUCAACUUCCACUUGUUAGUGAUCAGUCAUGUAUAUCUGGGAGGUUACAGAUGUGGCAUGCAACCUGAAAGCAAGAUUGCCACAGCAGGAGAAGAAUAUUAACACUUUGAUGUGAGAAAAUAUUGAAGCAUAUCCCCCAUACAAAUGCCUAGUCAGAUAUUCCGUUGUCUAUUGUGUGGAAGAUAGGUGUCUCAUGGAUGACAGGAGACUGCAGACAUUGACAGCAUUGGCCUGAGCCAGAGCCAAAGUUUUGUAGCCAAUUGUGAAGUUGCUGACAUAAGAACAAGGAAACAGCCUCAGACUGUACAACAAUGACAUCACAGACAGCUGGAACUCCCCACAGCUAUGGUCAAAGGAAGCUCUACACAACCCAUCUCACGAUAAAAUUUUCUGAUUCAUAAACGUAUUGGCUGGUUCUCCUGCUUUGUGUUCUUCUCACUGAGAAAACUUGGGAAUCUUUUGUUAUGGACCUGACUCCCUUACUGAUCUGUAUAGAUAAAUACAAGUAUGGAUAUUUGUAAACUCAUUUUUAUUUGAGUAUAAAGUUCUCUCCGUAUUGUUAUGUAUGAGCACUUCCUAACUGGAGGAAGUGUUCACAUGUUGAUACCCUCAUGCUGGCCUUCCCCCCUGGCCCUAACAGCAGGCCAACAGGAGGUGGGGGAAGGGCAAGACGAGGUGAUGAGGGGCUGUGGUGAGACCACACUGUUGGGCAGGAUGCUCUGCCCAAAAAGACUGGAGUGUCAGAAGGCUUUUAUUGUCAGCUAUUUCCGAAUGGGUCUGAGUUAUUUCGAUAGUCCACUGAAUUUGACCAAAUGUGAAAUAACAGUUCUUUCUCUGAAAGCACUAGUGGGAGAGGCAUCAGUCAUCUCCUGGCACCCACUCUGAGGAUGCAUUGGCCAUGUUACAGACGGCAGAAUUUUAGAAGAGUGAUAGGUGCAAAUGUGACAGGGCUGGCACAGCAGGACAUGAAUAGGGCACUGAUCCUCAGCCAACUCAGACUGGUUGAGAGCAGGAGAGCAAGAAGAAGCAGAGUUGAGAGGGUAGGAAAGACGGUAUAGAAAGGAAGGGUUCGGCCAUGGGUGGGGAAAAAUGAGUGGCUGUGAUACAACUGAUUUUGUGUCCUCCUUCUUGAUCUUGAUCAGCCAGAGGUUCAGAGGAGAAUGCCUCCUGUCCUCUGCUGCACAUGUGGAGAGAUGUUCCAUUUUCUACAUGGACAUCAGUCCAAAGAUACGUAAUCAAAAUAACAACAGCAUUGCAGCAAUUUGGGCACCACCUACUGGUAACUGCCUUGCUGAUACCAUGGCCAUGUCACAGGAGGCAGAAUGCUUACAGAUCCAUGUGUCACACAGGUAUUGGUGACAUGGGCUGCAUAGGGAGAGCCCAGAAUGUGCUGCAGCCCUGUGCCAGCCCAAGGCAGAGGAAAGCAGGAUGGUGUGCAGAAGCUGAGGUAAGAGGGCAGGUCAGAGGAUGGAAGGGAAGGGCUAGAUAAAUCGACAGGAUGAAAGGAGUGGUUGUGAUCAGUGCAACUGAUUUUGUGUCCUCCUCCUUUGUGUUGGAGAGCCAGAGGCCCAGAGGAGAACAUGACCAGACUCUGAAACCUCCUGUCCUCUGCUGCACUGCUGGGGUGAUGUUCCAUUCUCGACAUGGACAUCAGUCCAAAGAUAUGUAAUCAAAAGAACACCAGCAUUGCUGUAAUUUGGAUACCAACUACUUGCAACUGCCUUGGUGAUUCCAUGGGCGUGUCACAGGAGGCAGAAUGUUUACAGAUCCAUCUGCCACCCAGGUAUUGGUGACAUGGGCUGCAUAGGGAGAUCAUAGAAAAGCUGCAGCCCCAUGAUAGACCAGGGCAGUGGAGAGCAGGAUGGUCUGCAGAGGCUGAGGUAAGAGGGCAGGACAGAGGGCACUGAAGGGAAGUGCUGGUUAAAUCGACAGGAUGAAAGGAGUGGUUGUGAUCAAUGCAACUGAUUUUGUGUCCUCCUUCUUUGUGUUGGAGAGCCAGACACCCAGAGGAGAACAUGGCCAGACUCUGAAACUUCCUGGUCUCUGCUGCACAGCUGGAGAGAUGUUCCAUUGUCGACAUGGACAUCAGUCCAAAGAUAUGUAUUGGUGUCAUGGGCUGCAUAGGGAGAUCAUAGAAAGAGCUACAGACCUGCGCCAGCCCAAAGCAGAGAGAAGCAGGAUGGUGUGCAAAGGCGGAGAGCCAGAUGCCCAGAGGAGAACACGGCCAGACUCUGAAACCUCCUGGUCUCUGCUGCACAGCUGGAGAGAUGUUCCAUCAUCGACAUGGACAUCAGUCCAAAGAUAUGUAAUCAAAAGAACACCAGCAUUGCUGCAAUAUGGGCACCACCUACUGGCAACUAACCUAGUGAUUCCAUGGGCAUGUCACAGGUGGCAGAAUGCUUACAGUUUCCUGUGUCACCCAGACCAUGGAACCUCUUGUCUUCUGCUGCUCUGCUGGAGAGAUGUUCCACUUUCCACAGAGACAUCAGUACAAUGAUUUUCUUGUUCUUGAAAGCCACAGGCCCCUUCUGCCCUCUUCAGCCACUCUGACUGAGGUUUCUGCAGCCAUCUGUGAAGGCAUGAACCUAAGGACAAGGUAACACAGACCCAGACUGUACCUCACCAUGGCCUCACAGACAGAUGGAAACUCCCCACAGCUCUGGACAAGUGAAUAUCUACACCACCUGCUUUCUCAGAAUAAAAUCUUCUGAUUCGUAAAUGCA